AUCAUAUUUUUCCACGGUAUUGAAAAUAAAAUCUAACAAAUGAAACGCCGAUUUAUUUAAGGCAUCUGCAGGAGCUACUAAUCUGGGGUCCUAACUGACGCUCACAUUUUCAAGAUGGCUGCUUCCAUCUCAGGAUUAUUAAAACCUUGGACACCAAGAGUGUUCCUGGUGAGAUGGAGCAGAUACAACCCUUACUAUCUGGAGCCAGAGGUCAGGAAGGAGGCCUACAGCACACCAGAGACGGAGCUGAGUGCUGAGGAGAAGGAACAGCGGGAGCUCAAAGCGCUCAGACCCAUCAAGGCAGCAACCAGUGGAGUCACCAGCUCUGUUUUCAACGAUCCAGUCCUCAGUAAAUUCAUCAACAUGAUGAUGAAACAUGGAGACAAGGUUAUGGCCAGAGAGAUCUUGACACAGACCCUGGAGAACAUAAAGAGGAAACAGGUGGAGAAAUACCACAAAGCUCCAGAAGGGAAGAAGGAAGAGAUCGAGUGCAACCCCUACACCAUUUUUCACCAGGCUCUGGAGAACUGUAAGCCUGUUGUCGGGCUGGCUAGCAUACAGAAAGGUGGAAAGCACUACCAGGUGCCCAUCCCUCUUACGGACAACCGGCGUCGCUUCCUCGCCAUGAAAUGGAUGAUCACAGAGUGCAGGGACAACAAACACAGACGCACGCACAUGUAUGAAAAACUUUCCCAGGAACUGCUGGCAGCCUCUGUGAAGGAGGGCAACGUUGUCAAGAAGAAGUAUGAGCUGCACAAGAUGGCUGAAGCCAACAGGGCCUAUGCCCACUACCGCUGGUGGUAGAAAGACUCAGGACUGAAACACUGUCAACUCGAAUGUUUCUUCAGACUGACAGAGCGGACAGAUCGAUCGAUUCAGUGACACAUUUUGUUGCUCAAAGCGCUAUUGUAAAUAGUGGAAAUCCUUUGGAAGGACUAUGCUGUAGUUUUUUCCAUGUAAUUGUAUUAAUUAAAACAAACACAGAAAACUGACUUAAGGAAAAAUGUCCAAGAUUUAUUAGAACAAAUACAAUUGCAUUAAAUGUACAACCCAACCAUAAAAAAUGGAACUGAGUAAUGUAAAAAUGUUGCAAUAGUGUAAUAAAAUAUAUAAACAUGUA